AGAGAAGUGAACUUCCUCACUCUUACAUGGAGUGAGAGAGGGUUACAGAAUGAAUAUUCACAUGUACAAAUGUUGAUCAUGUUAUAUGAAUAUUAGACUUUCCAAAGCUAUAGAAUCUUAUCUCGUGCACACCUAGUUAUAGUCAUGGCAACGGAACGAGGUGACGUUUGACCCGAGGUCACUUGAGGUCAUCGGAUCUUUCAGAAAGUCUCAUUUGUUCUUGGACUUCACCAAAGUUGGCCUCCGUGCUAAACCUCGUAACUAGAAAGUAGAAAGUUUUAGAAACCUUUGAUUUCACCUGAAGAGGAAUAACUCUGACGGAAGAACACCUGCAGAAGAACAUUUCCUGGGAAAACAACCUGUAAGAGGGAUGUCGUCUGCUAGACCCCCUGUGGAGGAGAACGCUGGCCUCUAUCAGCUCUCAUCUGUUGAGAGUCCUCCCACUGGCGCCGCCCUCCCUGACCACCAGGUCGAACCUCAUGGAGGAGAGCCUGAGAGGGAACAAAGUCCCUCUUCUCCUGCUACUCCACCUGCUCCUUCUGCGGAUGCUCCGGCUGCACCGCCAACCGAUGCUGAGUCUGAACCUUCAGAUGAUUAUUAUCCUGAUUUUGAAGGUUUGGAUGAGGUGUCCAAAUGUUGGUUUUGGUAUAUACUGCUGAUGCCUGAUAUCCCUCCGGAUUUUACUAUCUCUGGUCCUUCAUUCAUCCCUGAACUCAUCAACCUGAGCCCGGCUGAUCCAGCGUUUCGCUAUCGCCUUGAAGGAGUCAUCGACAUGCUGGACGCCAUGGAGCGUCAUGCAUUGGAAGAGCAAGUGUAUCCAAUGAGGCUCCCUGAUCCUGCUGACCCUCUCACUGAUCCUGCUUCCCCUUACUUUUGCGUGGACCCUUCAGUCGUCACUCCUUUUCUGUAUUGCCUGUUAAACAUGCACUGGUAUUGCUACCCUUCAUCAGAGGAGGACUCUUCCUCUUUCUCUGACGUGACGGAGGAGAUCCCACCUGAUGUCGAGCAUCCUUUUGAGAACAUAGAAUCCUCAAGCAGCUCUGAAGAGUCCGAGGACCAGGUGUUUUCCUCAUCUGCAGGCUCCAGCAGCUCCAGAAGACGGGGCAGGGAAGACAGUGAUGAUGAGGCAGAUGGGCCGGCUUCCAAGAGGCCCAGGUGGUUCCAAGAGAGCGACUCAGACUGACUCCUAAAGAGAAAGGCUGAGAGUUCUCUGGGAUCAUAAUCCACUUCUGGUGUCAGGAUGGAUGAAGCGACCUCUUGGAGGAUCAUUUGUUUCCAAUGGUAGCCCUUGUGACUGGCAGGGCUGGUGACACCCCAGGUAGCAUCUUGCACCUGAACUUUAUUUACUGCAGGGACAUUAAAGAGACCCUUUUCUAAAUCCUGAGGACUUGCUAUUGCAUCUGGCUGGGCAAGCAAAACCCCAGGUGGCCUUUGCAUCUGGCAGGGCUGUCAUGUCCCCGGUAGCAUCUUGCACCGGAGCUUUUCUGGAUAAACUCUUUGACUUGAGCAUGAUGGAUCGACAUGAUGACGGACAGGACCCUUCAGCUUGAAGAUGACAGAGACUUAAAGCCUGGAAAUCUGGACAGAGGACUUUUAUGGACAACUCUUUCAUUCAAGCACGAUGGAUCAACUUUUCUUUGAUCGUGAGGGUCGGUCUUUGCGUCUGGCAGGACCGGCGAGGCCUCAUGUAGCCCUUGCGUCUGGCAGGGCAGUUGACACUUCGUGCAAGAAGACUACUUCACACUGACAGACAGGACCAUCCAAUAUAAAGAUCAAGAAGACUCUUCAGGAUGAAGAUGGACAGAAACCUUUAACAAGAGGACGGAGAGGAGAGGACCCUUGUACAUGAAGACCGUCAAGACUUUUCAAUAUGGAAACAGACAUUAGGACCAUUCAGUAGAAAAUUGACAGGACUCUUCAGGAUGAAGAUAGACAGGACUCAUGGCAUGAAGACUGACUCCAGCAUGAGACGGACCGAAUCCUCAAAUAUAAAGAUGAAGAAGGCCCUUGGGCAUGAGAUGAACAGUAUCCUCUGACGCUGGACUCAGACUUCGGGACAGAUGAUGAAGAUAACAGCUGCAAGAAAAAAACCCAAAACAGACUUAAUGAGGACUAAUGACCGAAGAACCAAAGACUAAGAGCUGAGCAGCACACCGGCCUGGAGCAGCAGCUUGAACCACGUGCAGCUUUAAAAACCUGGAAAACAACCCAGAGAAGAGCAACAGAGGACAUCCUGAUCCAGCUCUUUCUUUAAGCUCACACAGACAGAACCGGUAUGACCUUUGAACUCUUUCAUUCAAGCUCGAUGGAUCAACUUUUCUUUGAUCGUGAGGGUCGGUCUUUGCGUCUGGCAGGACUGGCGAGGCCUCAUGGAGCCCUUGCGUCUGGCAGGGCAGUUGACACUUCGUGCCUGAAGACAGAGGAAGACUACUUCAUGAUGAUGACCUUCAAGACCUUUCAGCAUGGAAACAGACAUUAGGACCAUUCAGUAGAAGAUGGACAUGACUCUUCAGAAUGAAGAUAGACUGGACUCUUGGCAUGAAGACUGACUCCAGCAUGAGACUGACAGGACCCUCAAAUAUAAAGAUGAAGAAGACCCUUGGGAAUGGGAUGAACAGUAUCGUCUGACUUUGGACCCUUUAGACAAAGAAACAGAAAGGAUCUCUGGACAUGAAGCCGGACAGGACCUUUAGACCUGACCUUUCCUGAUGGAGAUGCACUCGGACUUCAGGACAGAUGAUGAAGACAGAUUAAAACUAAAAAGAGCUUUAAUGAGGACUAAUGACCAAAUAACCAAAGACUAAGAGCCAAACAGCACACGGGCCUGGAGCAGCAGCUUGGACCACGUGCAGCUUUAAAAACCUGGAGAACAACCCAGAGAAGAGCAACAGAAUCCAUCCUGAUCCAGCUCCUUCUUUAAGCUCACAUGGACAGAACAGAUGGAAAAGCGGAGCUGCUCCUCCUCCCUGUGAAGGUACGUACACACUCUUGAUCAAGAACAGGAUGUAAUGGGUUGUUGUUUCAGGGAGCUACAUACCCGUGUGUUUAGAUCAGAGCACUUAUUCUCUAUUCUAAAAACUAUUUAAUGUGUCACUGACCAUUGUUUGUCUUUCUCUCUCCCCCUCCACCGCCUGAGCUGCCCCUGAUGUUAGAGGGUUAAAAAAUCUCACAGUCAACGCUUCAUCUUCAUCAGUAUUAAUACUCUAUGAUUCAUGUUGUAGUUCAGGUGUGCAGCUUACUGACUCUUUGCUGUUUCUCUCCUUUCUUACCCAACCUCCUGAGCUGCUGCCGGUCAGUGAGAUUGAAAACAGCAGAUUUUGAUGUGAGGACAGCGAGCGCAGGACAUCCAUGGUUUACUUGAUGAUGAAGAAGAAACGCUCACAUCUGACCUGCUGGAGAAUCUGGAGAGCAGACAGAGGACGCAUUCUGUCUCCAGAUUUCCACUGAGAAGACGUCGACCAAACCACACAAACUCUUGUGUCACCAAACUUUCUCACCUCAGCUGAUUUUGUUUUUUCAAUAAACACUCAGGUUUUCACUGUGA